ACAUUCUGAGGGGGAGCAGCGGGGAGAACACAGGCGCCGAGCGAGAGCCCGAACGCUCGCAUCGGCUGCAUUUAAAGCACAAGCUCUGGAGAGAAUAACUAAAAACAAGAAGCCUUAGAAGUGGGGGCGGGAAAGCCAGUAAAAUCAACACAAUAUGGUGUCGCUGGCAGAUUGAAUGUAUUUUCUCCCUGCUAUGGAAUGUGGUUGCUCGGGCCGAGGUGCGUUCCAUUGGCUCUGAUCCGCAUAACUUAGCGCAAAAAAGAGAAACUGCGGUGACUCCAAAUUGCCUGUAUUUACCCCAUUAAAUCGGGGAUAGUCUUGGGAAGACGAUUUGUGAUUUAUAAUUAACGACAGAAGAUAUUUUUCGAUGGCAAUGAUAAGGAUGCCCAUGAGAAUGAAGUUAAAAUAGUCCUUCUGUUGAAAAUAAAUCUAAGGACCACGAGUGAAGAUCAGUAGAGGGAGUAUAAAUACAUAGCUUACAGCAAACUAAUACAACUUCCUCAAAAUCUGCAUCAAAAAUCCUUGGAGAGCUUAUUUAUGAAAAGUAAAAGUUGUUUCGGUGAUGAGGCCAAAGACAUUUCCAGCCACUUCAUAUGUUGGAAACAGCCGCCAAAGACUACAGGAAAUUCGGGAGGGGUUGAAGCAACCUCCUAAAUCUUCAAGUCAGGGUUUGAAUGUUGGCUCUAACAACGAAACCCAACUUGACCCUAAAGCCACUGUUGGAAAAGAUGCCACCAGACAGCAGCAGAUGCGACCCGUCCCAAAAUUUGGCCCUUAUCAGAAAGCUCUCAGAGAAAUCAGAAACUCCCUGAUGCCAUUUGCCAACGAGUCGGGUUCAUCCUUAAGUGUUGAAGUAAACAGGCAGAUGCUUCAAGAAUUGGUGAAUGCUGGAUGUGAACAGGAAAUGGCAAUCAGAGCUCUCAAGCAGACUGGUAGCAGAAGCAUAGAAGCAGCUCUGGACUACAUAAGCAAGAUGGGUUAUCUGGACCCUAGGACUGAACAGAUUGUACGAGUUAUCAAGCAAACUUCACCAGGAAAAGGUAUUGGACCACAUCUUGAUCGUAGACCAAGUUUUGAAGGAUCAAAUGACUCUUUGUCUGCCUAUCAUCAGAUGGGAAAUCCGAUCUAUGAAGUAGCAGAUUCUGGAGCCGAGAGUGGAAAUAUACAUAGUGAACUAUCACGGCAAUACGCGAAUACAUCUAAUAUUAACUUUUUAGUUGCUACUGGACAAGCUAUGACUGUUAACAAUCCUGGGCAGAGGUGCUCCCCCAUAGGACCACAUCCUACAAUAAGUGGACAGAAUCCUCCAUCUAAUAAUAUAUUCCCACCCAUAGCUUGCGAUAUUAAACACCAACAAAAGACGUAUUCAGCCAAAGGUGAGACAGGCCAAACUCUUCAAAUGAUUAGCUACACGCUCUCAAAUCACAGCAGCCAACCAAUUGCAUUACAAGGCUCUCAAGUGUCAAAUAAUCCUCAUUAUAUGAGGCAGCAUUUAAUAGCUCAAGGAGACAACACUGUUUCUUUAGGUUAUCCUGUCCAAAGAAGCUCAUCUUUCCAAAAUAAGAUCCAACAAGAAGGAAGUUAUGGAAGCCUUCAGAAUAAAAACCCUGUCGCUCAAGGCAUUGCUGCCCACACCUUCCAACAGCCUCCAACAGUUCUAUACUUACCACAGUCCCACCAUAGACAACAGAGUCCUACAUCCCCUCAAAUACAGAUGUUGCCAAGUCAUGCUCCACCAUUUGGAAAUGACUUUUCUGAACUUGCCCCAAAUAUGAUGACACCCUCAAGAAAUAGCCUGAACAUGGAGAUUUUUGAUAUUAACACUUCCCCGAUGCAACAUUGGCAGGUACCAUCUCCAACAAGAAGGGAUUCCAUGCAGAACACUGGACUAGAAACUUUGCCAAGAUCAGCUGGCCACCUGAGGCCAGAUGCCAAAAUUCCAAAUCGAACCAAUUCAUUCAAUAAUAAACUGCAGACAUCACCAUCUGUGAGACAAGUUCAGACUAGCAAAACGGAACCAUCUCUUAACACUACCAAUACUAUUACAGCUGUAACAUCAACCCCUUUUCUCCAACAAGUGAGGAGCACUAGAGUUCCAAGGCCUGAGCCUCAGACAGCUGUGGCACCUUCACAUGCAGCAUGGUUACAGACUCAGGGCACGGAUAACAAUGAUGUAAUGGAUCAAAAGCCAUUGGCAGUAGGUGGGGCUGUAGUGUAUCCUCUGGAACCUGAUGAUUACACUGUGAAAGAGCGUCGAUGCCCUCCACCACCAUAUCCAAAACACUUGUUACUUCAGAACAGCGCAGAGCAGUUUGAUACCAAUAGUUUAUGCAUGGGUGUGGACCAAAAUAUUCGUGGUAUUCACAGUUUGACAUGCAAUGAAACUGAAGGUAACAGCAAUCAAAAGAGUGAGAAAAGUAGCAAGCCUAACAAAUUAGAGAAGAUAGGAAAGGACAAAAAACUUAUUCAAACAUCGCCUGUACCAGUUCGCAAAAACAGCAAAGACGAGGAAAAGAGAGAAUCGAGAAUUAAAAGUUACUCUCCAUUUGCUUUUAAAUUCUUCAUGGAACAACAUGUAGAAAACAUAAUGAAAACAUACCAACAAAAAUUAAACAGAAGGUUGCAGUUGGAGCAAGAGAUGUCAAAGGCAGGACUCUCCGAGGCAGAACAAGAACAGAUGAGGAAAAUGCUUAAUCAGAAAGAAUCCAAUUACAACAGACUGAAAAGAGCAAAAAUGGACAAAUCACUGUUUGUAAAGAUUAAGACUCUGGGAGUCGGUGCUUUUGGGGAGGUCUGCCUGGCUCAAAAAGUAGACACCAAUGCUCUGUAUGCAAUGAAAACUCUACGGAAAAAAGAUGUGUUGAGUCGUAAUCAAGUGGCUCAUGUGAAAGCAGAAAGAGACAUUCUGGCUGAAGCUGACAAUGAAUGGGUAGUGAAGCUCUACUACUCGUUCCAAGAUAAAGACAGCUUAUACUUUGUGAUGGAUUACAUCCCUGGUGGAGAUAUGAUGAGUCUAUUAAUACGAAUGGGAGUUUUUCCAGAGUCACUGGCAAGAUUCUACAUUGGAGAACUGACUUUAGCCAUCGAGAGUGUCCACAAAAUGGGAUUUAUUCACAGGGAUAUUAAACCUGACAACAUCCUAAUAGAUCUUGAUGGACACAUUAAGCUCACAGACUUUGGUCUUUGUACUGGGUUCAGGUGGACACAUGAUUCCAAAUACUAUCAGAAAGGGAGCCACGCCAGACAGGACAGCAUGGAGCCAAGUGAUCUUUGGGGAGAUUUGUCUGACUGUAAGUGUGGCGACAGAUUAAAAACCCUUGAACAGAGGGCUGCCCGACAGCACCAAAGAUGCCUGGCCCACUCAUUGGUCGGAACUCCAAACUACAUUGCUCCUGAGGUUCUAGUACGAAAAGGAUACACACAACUUUGUGACUGGUGGAGCGUAGGAGUUAUACUCUUUGAGAUGUUAGUGGGGCAGCCUCCUUUUCUUGCUCCAACACCUGCAGAAACUCAAAUUAAGGUAAUAAAUUGGGAGAGUACACUGUACAUUCCACCACAAGUAAAACUUAGUUCUGAAGCAAUAGAUCUCAUUACAAAGCUCUGUUGUGGAGCCAAUGACAGACUUGGUGGAAAUGGAGCAGACGAAAUUAAGGCACAUCCAUUCUUUACUUCCAUUGAUUUUUCUAAAGACAUCCGCAGACAGCCAGCACCCUAUGUUCCAAAGAUUAGCCAUCCCAUGGACACCUCAAACUUUGAUCCAAUAGAAGAGGAGAAUUCGUGGAACGACAGCAGUGACAGCACCAAAACCUCUGACACAUUAACCAGUCACAUUGGUGGUAACAAGCAUCCUGAACAUGCAUUUUAUGAGUUCACUUUCCGAAGGUUCUUUGAUGACCAUGGUUAUCCCUUUCGGUAUCCAAAACCCUUAGAAAAUAAUGAGCCCAAAGAAAGUCAGCCAGAUUUGGGCCAGAGUGAAUCUGUCAACCAUGGUGAAAGCUAUCAACCAGUAUAUGUUUAGAGACAAUAUGUAACAUUUUCUGCUAAUUGUGAUUUUUUUUUGUUCCAGAAUUUGAAACAGUAAAAUUUACCUAAAUCUGUGGCUGAAAACAGAUAGCACUUACCUUGUUUUAGUGGCAUAUUAUGCCCUCUAGGGAUGAUUGGCUCCUGCUGCUAAAUAUUUAAAAAAAUGUUAUAUUUAGUAUCAACACUAAUUUUAUAGCAGAAAAUAGAACUAGAUAAUAGAGAAUAAACUCUGGAUAGAUCUAGAAUAUAUAGACAGGAUUUCAAAUAUAUACAGAAAGCUGAAAAGUUUUGAAAAAUGGUUAAGUGCAAUAAUAUGUAAAUCAAUGUUUUAUAUAUACUGUCAUUAAUAUCUUAAUACAAUAAUAAACACUUUGUUAAUUUUAUAAUCUAUAUUGAAAGGUCUAGAGCAAAUUGGAUAACACCAAAAAACUUGGAGGAGGAAUUUAACAAGCCCAGCAGCACCUGUGAAAAGAAAGGAAUUCUCAAAUGAUAAAGGGUCUCAACCUGAAAUUUUGACAAAUCCUUUCCCUACACUGAUGCUUCUUAGCCCGCUGAGUGCCUCCAGCAGUUUGUUUUUUGCUCCAGCUUACAGCAUCUACAGUCUCUUGUGUCCGGAUAACACCAAUGCUGCUUUCAAUCUUUUAUGAUAUAUUCAAAGUAUUUUUCAAUAUAAAAUGUGAUAGUGAGUUGAUGAGUGGAUAAUGCUUUAUGAUAUGCCUUGGUGUGCAACUGAAGUAUGAAUAUUAAUUACAUCUUUUGGGUUAAACUAGUUUAGGAAAUAUGUGUAAAACACGGGCAGGUCCUGUGUGAAUCAGUUCAUUACAAUUAAAAAAAACAAGCUCCUUGUAACUGUCUCUUUAAUACUGUUUAAUCAAGCCUUUUACAUGUUCUCCACCUCUUAUGGUUUUUUCCUUACAGCAUAAAACCUUAAAAUAUAUUACAGAGUGCCACUUAAGCCUUUUUACAAAAAUGAUAUGGACACAGAAUGUUUCUGUUUCAGUUAAUGUGAAAUGACGACUAUGGUCCAGAAAUAAAUAUUGUCUGAAUGUAAAAUUAUUGACAAGGUACUAUUUCUAUCGGUUACUGUUUCACAAAGUUGCAAGCAGCAGAGAUGUACAAAUGAUAUAAUUAUUUAUAAAAGGUAAGUUUUUCCUUAGACGUACAAUUAUGUCCACCAAAACAGUUAGUGUUUUUUCAGCUGCACUUAAUCCAUUUUUGUUAUAUUGGUAAAUAUCAAAAUUGUCAACUUUAUCUUGCAUUGUAAAGUUUAUGAUUACUCCUAUCAAAAAUUCAUUUGAACAUAAUCAAGUAAUAAUAGAAUGUGUACAUACUUUUGUUAAAGGAGUACAAAUUAGACUGAAGUAUGAGACUGGAAUUUUUGUCCAUUAAUCUUAGUUUCAGUUGCACUUUCAUUAUUCAGUCUCACCUGAAGUUGUUGAUGUGGCUCAAUAUAUGAAAAUAAAAUGCCAGAAUAUGGCUGUACACUGGUUGGGCUCUGUUAGCUCGUUGGAACAUAAAUUUACAUACAGUUCACCAACAAUAAUGCUAACAAAGUUUUUAAUACUUUUUGGCCAAACAGUCAGCUGUACACAAAACUUUUAAUGGAGGUUAAAUACAUAACAAUAUGAUGCUUUUAUACAUCAUCAACAUCUUCUCAGUCAAGCUCUACAGAUAAUAAUUGAUUAAGUUCAUAUUGUCAUUCACUGUGGUGAAAGUACACAAAUCUUUUAUGAUUUUUUUCCAACAUCCACCCAAUUGUGAAAACGUAUAUUUUGUUGUUUCCACUUCUACCUGUGUCUUACAGUGUAGACCCCUACACACUAGGGCAAAUAUCAAAGUGGAAACAACACAAAGUUAAAACCCUACUUGACCACAGCCAAUUCUGAACCUGACGCAAACCUGAGUAUUUACAGUUUUUUCCACAUCUGACCCAAACUGACUGAGAAAAAUGGAAAAAGAAGACUUUUUAUGCUGCACAAAUAUUGCUUUUGAUCAAGCACAAAAGAUACCUGAUAGUACUAAACAUAUUAUCCUGACUUGGGUAAAGUAUUGAGCUGGGCUGGUUCAGCAGAAUCUGAUCUGACCUGCUCUGAAAUGGAAUAUUUUAGCACUAUAUACAUCUAAAUCUGACAGAGUCAGGUCCUGUUAGGUUCAGAUUAGGUGGCCAGGCUCUAUCCUAGUAGUCUUACUACAGAUGGAUUUUUUUUAGGCCUUGGAUAAAUCUCCUCUAUUUUGCAAAGGUAAAAAUCAAAGAUAGCAACUGUUCACAAGCCAAUGUAACAGUUUAGUUUUGAUUGAAGACAAAACAGUUGCUAAGGUAAUGGUCGUAGAAGUACAUCUGGUAAGUUUGUUGUAAAUAUUGUUCAGCAAUUCAUAAAUGAUUGACCUGGAAUUUAGUUGCAUUAUUUGUCUAAAUUUCUUCUAAAACAUCAACUACAUUUGAAAAUCUUCUUGGGUAUUUAGUCUGCAAGAUUACAUUCGGUUUGGAUCUCCUUGUCAUUUUAUUUCCUGGAGACUAAUUUUUUUCUUUCUCCAGUUUUUAUACUCAUUUCUACCUUCUUCAGAUAACGUUGGCCAAUGUUUAAAUAUUAUUCUGCAGGUGCUGUUGAUGUUGCAUCACGUUACCCAAAGGGUGACUUUUAAGUGAGAGCCUGAAAGAUGGUUUACCAUUUGGAAGCUGAUGGCACAGCUGUUUUUUCUAGCAUCCUAAUGCAUCGCUUCUCACAUGAACAGGAGUAGAUGGAUCUCUAACUACCUGAAAGA